AUGAUUACUGACAGUGUUGCCGAGUCAACACCUAGUGUUGAAAGGACUAAUGACAUUUCAGCUCCACAACUCACAAAUACAACUGAGGUCAAUCAAAACAAUGAAUAUCUUGAUCCAAAACAUUGCAUGCGAGGUAGAGAAAAUUCAAUCACUGCUGAAGAUUCCUCCCAAAACACAGAUUGUUCUCUCGAUUCAAUGGAUGAUAAUGAUGACAGUGUUGUGGCCAUUGAUGAAAUCAUGUAUGGAAAUACAAUGAAACCAACUCCAUUCAUUGACUCACUCAAGAGAAAAGGUAGAACAGGAGCGAAGGAAAUCAAUGAGAAGGACAUUGCUAAUGAGACUUGCAGUCAAGGUACUGAUUCAAAUCACAACUCCCAAGAACCAUCCUUUCUUGCAAUUAUCUUGUUUGGAACUCUAGUAUUGUUUGGCAAGUUUCUUAAUAAGAUUGAGAGUACCAAGUUUUCAGUGUUUUGCUGCUGUUUUUGUUUGCCAACCAGAUAUAGAGAUGUCAAGUUUGGAUUAGUUUCGUUGUUAUCAGUGAUGGCUUUAGUUUUGAAUAUUGUGGUGUUGAUGGCUAUUGCAGCAGUUACCAUUCUUCAAUAUUUUUAUGUGAGCCAAGUUCCAGUCGCUCAGUUGCUAACAAAUAGAGCUACAGCCAUAUCUUCCUACAAUGAUAUGAAGACAGCUGUGAGAUUAGGUGCUUUUAAUAGAGGUUCUGUACAAGCCAAGUAUCCAUUAGAAUUGUUCAGGAAUGGCAAAACAUCAUUCACCAAUUCAUUGACCAAUAUUUUGAAUAACAUUCCAUCCAUUGAAACAGAGUACAUGUAUCUGAAUGGUUCAAGAGAUCCCAAUUCAAUUUAUAGUUUAGAUGUUUUGAGAGUCUGGGAAUUGACCAUGAAUUUAACAUUCAAUGGAACAAACAUGGACUGGGGAAAUAAGUUCACAAACGAAACUCACAGAGAUGGAGACAGAAAUCAAGGAGGUACUAAACCUCCAGGUGGAGGAGGUGGAGGUGGUACUAAGCCACCAGGAGGUGGAGGAGGACCAAAGAAUGGAACUAAGAAUGAUCAGCAACAACUUCCAUCUGUGACUAAUCAAUUGGUAGCUCAAUUCUAUAUGAAUUCGUCAGACUUUGUGAAUGCAGAGAUGGCUGACGGCGUUUUGUUUAGAGAUUUCCUUGAUAGGUUAUUCAAUGAAAGUAUCUAUGCGACAGACAUUGGUUUUUACAGUAACGUAACCUCUUUGGCACUUCUAGGUCUCUCCAUUUUAAUUGUCAUACCCUUAGUGAUCAUAAUAUUUGGUAUCAGUUUAAAGACCUCACAGCAGAACCAGAAAAAGUUACAACAAGUGAAUGCAGCGAUGGUUCUCGACACAUUGAAAGAUCCAACCCAAAAGCAAAGAUUUAAACAAUAUUGCUCCAACUCCUCAGAAUUGGAAGUGAGUUUCUUAUUCCUUGAUUUGGUCAGUGAAUAUAAGGAAGUUUCCUCUCAAUCCGUACAGGUACAAGUUGACUUGUUUGAAAAAUCAAAACAAUACUUGACUUUAGAAAAGAAUAGGGACUCUAUCAAAAAUCAACCCUCAGAAACUGAGAUCCACAGUAUUCGUAAAAGUGAGAAGAAGCUUAAAAAGAUUGAAAAGGAGAAGCAAAAUCUUGUCUUUGAAAUCUGGUCCCAAUUUCUCGAACCAUACACUGAAAUUAGAACUAUUCUCUCCAGGGUGUCAGUUUCAGAUGUUGAACUACUAGUCAAAGAGAUUGACUCUUUCAACAAUCAAUUAGAAGAAUACCAAUACUUUGAUAUUCUCCCAGAUGAUUUAUUUAAUGAAGUUGAAAGACAAAUUGCCAAGUCACUCUCUGAGGAUCAUCUCAAAUUCCAAAACAUGGAUCCAAAUCAACAAAUCAUUGCCGCCAACAAUAUAUCAGAAGAUGAUGGAAUUGAAAACAUCACUAAGGAAGAGGCACUACAAGAUGAUAUCUCACCAAGAGUAUCGGUGGCCAUUCCAAUCGAACAAGUUUAA